AUGCAGACGGGGGAUACCACUGUUGAUUUCAUGAGUUUAGACGCACUCGUUUACUGUAAAUUUCAACCGAAUGGUUAUGAUUGCGAUGGAAAAGGAUAUUUAAGACCAAGAUUCUACUAUGAUCUUAAAAUGGAGGGCUGUAAGACAGCUUACGUCAGCAAUUGUCCGCAUAAUUUGAACGUUUUUAAUACGUUAUCGGAAUGCCAUGAAACGUGCCGAGAUAUCGGGAUUCAUCAAGCACCAAAAGAUCUAUCGUUAGGCAUAAUUUGUCGGUUACAAUAUGACUUCGGAAAUUGUAAUGGAUAUCAUCCAAAGUGGUAUUAUGAUAUCUCAACUCGACGGUGCAAAGGUUUUUCGUAUAGUGGCUGCGGAGGAAACAUGAAUAGGUUUGCAACGCAGCAAUUAUGCGCCACGGCGUGUAGUGGACUGAUGGGGACAUAAUUUCU